AUAGUGAGGUUUGGACAAGGUUAUUCUGACAUCCGUCCUUCUUCACCUAGGACUGUUUCCGGUUCCGUUCCGGUAGAAGUGGCCCCUCACAGGAGUCUGUUCCUGCAGGUAUGGGCCAUGGACAUGAAGGGCACGGGCCUGCGAAGCUCCACAUACCAGAUUACAGGGUUUGGAAAAUAGAGGGCACACCGCUGGAAGAUGUGCAGGCCAGGCUGGCUAGAAAAGGUCUGAGAGAUCCGUGGUUAAGGAAUGAGGCCUGGAGGUAUAUGGGAGAAUUCUCAAAGCCGGUUACCUUAAGCCAAGUUCUCUUCAAAGGAUUUAGGUGGGGCUUUGCUGCCUUUGUGGUGGCUCUCGGAGUGGAGUAUGCCCUCUUUCCACCCAAGAAAGACGAUGGACACCAUUAGGCACGAGUAUAAAAAGGAGAAUGUACACUGACUGUCCAUGACGUUGCGAUUUGAAAAGAAUAUUAUUAAAGUAUUGCUGUUGUAAUGUA